ACCACCUCCAGCCUUCCCAAGAAGCAAAACAAACCAAACACCCACCAUGUUCAAAUACGCCGUCGUUGUCCUCGCCUUCGUUGCCUGUGCUGCCGCCAAGCCAGGACUCCUGGGUGCUCCUCUGGCCUACACCGCUCCUCUGGCUUACACCGCUCCCGCUGCCGUGGUUGCUGCCCCCGCUCCAGUUGUGACCGCCACCAGCAGCCAGGUGAUCGCCAGGAACUACAAUGGGAUCGCUGCUGCCCCAGUGAUUGCUCCUGUGGCUGCUCCUCUGGCUGCUCCUGUGAUUGCCAAGUACGCAGCUGCUCCUCUGGCUGCUCCUCUGGCUGCUCCUGUGGUUGCCAAGUAUGCAGCUGCUCCUCUUGCCACUCCUCUGGCAGCCCCUCUGGCGGCUCCUUUGGCCUACUCCUCCCCCCUGGCUUACACUGCUCCCCUGAGCUAUGCCGCUGCUCACGCACCACUCCUCAUCUAAAUCGUUAAACUGUGAUCAUCUAGUAAAAUAAAAAAAAAUUUAAAAAUUGGUCCUCCAAAAUUAA